AAAAGAGAAAUCAAAACCACUCCUUCAAUAAAUCCUUCUCUCCAACCCUUGAACAAAUUUCAAUUCCAAAUCAUAAUUUGCAGCUACUCCGAUCUCUUCAAUGGAACGAAGCAACUCGUUUGGGACUUCGUGGGCGGACCAGUGGGACUACAGCAAUCCGGACCCGAUCCCUGAGCAGAAGAAGAGCGGAGAUGCAACCGCCAAAUACAAAAAGAAGGUGGGAGAAGGCUUCGAGAAGACCAAAUCCGUGGCUUCAGCAGGAUUCAAGAAAGUGAAGGAAGGUACUUCUGUAGGUCUCAAAUGGAUCAAAGACAAGUACCAGAAGAGAACCCAGAAGUGUUAAUCCAUGGAGCUGGAGAUCCUUCUUACGUACCAUAUCUUCUCUACCAAUGGUGUCCAGUUUUCUUUCUUUUUUUUUCUUUACGGUUUGGCUUUAUUUUAUUUCACUUUUUUUUUUCCUUCAAUUCUCUCAAUUGGGAGAUGAGUUACUACUGUUGUUCCAUUGAGAUUCGAUAUUGUUUCAUCACUUCAUGUACAUCUCUUUUGAUAAUGUAAAAAGGAGGACGAUACAUAUUGUUACAUCA